AUUUUUCUGAUCAACUUGCACAGCAGGCAUCUUGUUAUGGAUUACCAUAUGGAAUUUUCGGAAUAGUUUGUUGGACACUGUCACUUUGUAGUAUUUCUUUAGCAAAAGUAAGAAUUCCACUGUUUUCACCAUGGUUGUGGUGUGAAAGCUAUAAAGCUCAAAAUCCAAUAAUGGCAAUUAUCGUAACAGCCUUGACUGUUGGGCCAAUUAUCUAUACGUGUAUUCAUUGCCAUGAAGAAUGGAUGAUUGUACUUAUCGCACUUGAACAACUUACUCCAUGGAGUCUCAAAUUUUUGUAUGAUGCUUGGUAUGAAGAAAUAGAGCUUGAAGAUAUUGAAGAGAAUAGACCAAGAAUAAUAGUUUAUCUAUAUGAACAUAUUGGUUCUUUCUUAGGGCUAUUAUUGUCUGUAUCUGGUUGGAUUGGUUUGAUAGUAAUAACGGUCAAGUUAAUAGACUUAGAAAGAGUUGUCGGAUCACAUAUAAUUCUUGCUAUGGUUUCUAAUAACAUGUCUGGAAUUCCUCCUGGGAUUGAAAUGAUAUCAGCAAUUAUUUUCUUUACUG